GGCAUGAGUGGUCAGAGAGACCCACAGAGACAGCCGGGCAGAGGAGCGGGCCGACCCGAGUGGGAGCAGGAGGCGCCAAGCCCUCAUCUCCAUGGCCCUUCCCCAGGGCCAGGCAGGUGGCAGCCCCCCCGCGGGGGACCCCAGCCCCUCUGAGGGCUCUCCAGGGCCCAGCCGGGCCCCUCCCAGCCCAGCAGCCGCCAGGCAGCAGGCACUCCGGGAACUGAAGGCCCAGGUGCAGGCAGCCUAUGGGCAGGACCGGGAGCUGCGGCCGGAGGAGAUUGAAGAGCUGCAGGUCGCCUUCCAGGAGUUUGACCGAGACCGGGACGGCUACAUCGGCUACCGGGAGCUGGGCGCCUGCAUGCGGACGCUGGGCUACAUGCCCACCGAGAUGGAGCUCAUUGAGAUUUCACAGCAAAUCAGUGGCGGAAAGGUGGACUUUGAGGACUUCGUGGAGCUGAUGGGCCCCAAGCUGCUGGCAGAGACCGCAGACAUGAUUGGCGUCAGGGAGCUACGGGACGCCUUUCGGGAGUUUGACACCAACGGAGACGGCUGCAUCAGCUUGGGGGAGCUGCGGGCAGCUCUCAAGGCCCUGCUCGGGGAGCGCCUCAGCCAGCGGGAGGUGGACGAGAUCCUCCAUGACAUUGACCUCAACGGGGACGGCCUGGUGGACUUCGAAGAGUUUGUGCGAAUGAUGUCGCGCUGAGCCUGCACGGAAGCUGGAGGCGGGAGACAGGACUUGGGGCCACAGCCACUGCUGCCAGCUGACCCCCUCCCGCCGCCUCCCUACCCUGCCUGUGUGCAGCUCCCUGCUCUGCCCUCACCUGCACCCCUACUUCCCCACCAAACCCCAUUGCCCA